UCAGAAUAACAUAUAUCGAAAAAAAUAAAUAAAAAACACUAUUGAUACUCAAUUUUCCUGGAUUUUCCACCCAGUUGCAUAGGUUCCCACCCCAUACCAUCAAGAUUGUCUCCCGACGGCGCCUUAAAGAUUUUCUCAGGAUGACUUUAGUGGGACUAGCCGCCCGAAAGCUGGCGCAGAAACAAAGAACCGCAAAACUCGCCGCCGCCUUUCCCAAUGGCAUUCGCUGCCAAAAGUGCCUGCAGAUGGGCCACUGGAGCUAUGAGUGCAAAGAAAAGCGCAAGUUCGUGCACCGCAGCUCACGUACCAAGAAGUUGAGCCAACACCUCGCGCAAAAAGAAGCUGAGACGCCCAAACCAACGGAGGAGCUACAAGAAACUAGCUCUACUGCCAGCAAGAAGUCCAAGAGAAAGCGGAAGGCAAGCAGAAGUUCGUCCUCCUCUUCCAGCUCGUCAGGCAGUUCGGGUAGCAGCUCCGGGUCAGGGUCGUCCUCGGAUUCUGACUCGAGUGAUUCCAGUUCCUCCUCAGGUGAUGAUGAUGACGAAGGCAGUUCAUCGGGAUCGAGUAGCAGUAACUCGAGUUCGGAUAGUGACAGCAGUGAGGAUCAAGAGGUGCCCCAAAAGAAGAAAAAACGCGCCGAGAGUUCGGCUGAGUCCUCGGAUCAAGAAUAAUACAUAAUUUGAUUGGGUCCAGUAGCACAUAUGUAGCUUUAGUAGAUUAGUUUUUUUCUGCAUCCGAAUAUUUUUUACUAAAUCUAUUAAUUGUACAUUUUAAUUAUAAUUAUGUGGAAUAAAAGUUGUAUUCAGUCCGA